GUCAGAGAUAUCUUGUAAAGAUAUUUAUUUAUAUCCCAUAAAAUUGUGCAAAUCUGAUAGUUUUUCAAUAAGUGGAUAUAGUGUGAUAGUUAAAAGAAAUCGUUAUCAUUAUUAAGCACUUUUUACAAACACAUUUAAGUUAAGUUUUGCUAAAAUAUUUGCAUACUUUCUCUUACGACCUUGUUCUAAAAAAUAAACAAAAAGAAGGAAAAAAUAUAAAAAAUAUAUUGGACUUUUACUUGCUGGUAUGUACAACCUAGUGGGAGUCAAUACCAAAUUUGUGAUAAUACCUAGGAAAAUGUAAACGAGCUAUUACAUUGUAUUUGUAAGUCUUUUUAAGUUAUUAUGAUUGAGAUAUUGAUAUACCAAUGCUAUGACUGAGGAUAUCAGUAAGCCUCCCAAGCAAUACGAUUAUUUGCUGAAGUUUCUUCUGGUAGGCGACAGCGAUGUUGGAAAGCAAGAAAUCUUAUCAGAUUUGGACGAUGGUUCUUCAGAGAGUCCUUUUUGUGGAUAUAGUGGUAAGUCCUACAAAACUACCACUAUUCUGUUGGAUGGAAAGAGGGUAAAACUACAGCUUUGGGAUACUUCAGGACAGGGAAGGUUUUGUACUAUAAUUCGCAGCUAUUCCAGGGGUGCUCAAGGAGUUCUUCUAGUUUAUGACAUAACUAACCGAUGGUCAUUCGACGGCCUAGACCGAUGGUUGAAAGAAGUAGACGAACACGCACCGGGUGUGCCGAAGGUUUUGGUUGGUAACCGCCUCCAUUUGGCUUUCAAUCGUAAAGUUGGUCAAAGAGAUGCCCAAAUAUACGCGAACAAACACAGUAUGGCGUUCUUCGAAGUCUCACCCCUUUGUAAUUUCAACAUCCACGAAAGUUUCUGCGAGCUGUCGAGAAUGGCGCUGCACCGAAAUGGAAUGGAGAGAUUAUGGAGAUCAAAUAAAGUGUUGAGCCUUCAAGAACUGUGCUGCAGAGCCAUUGUUGCACGCACAACGGUGUACAGCAUCGAGCAGCUACCGUUACCAACCAGCGUCAAGUCCCAUUUAAAGUCAUACGCACUGACGUCGUCUUCGACGCAAUGGCGGUACGUCAUCAGUCAGAAGAAGAACAGUAGAGGAUCGAGGAGUCGCAAAAAGCGGUUCACGAGUACGCCGACGACUCCCGGUUCAGUGACGGAUAAAGACAGUAUAACGAGCUGUGUACCCAGAAACUCUUGUACUAUAUCCUGACGCGCCCGGAAUUCCUUGGACUUCAUUUUCAGGACUACGAAACUCACGAAAUGGAUCAGGCGGACCUAGUGCGAUCCGAUUGGUAUCUAAUAAAAUUUUAAAAAGUAACACCAUAUGAAAAAUAUUUUUGCAACUUGUAACUGACGUUUAGUACAAAAUAUCUACUGUACUUCAUCAUUAAAUGAUGAUAAUAAUGAUACAUUAAAAUUUUAAUAUAUCCACUAAUUUAUUUUUUAAAUGAUUUUAAUAAUAUUACAUUAUUACAGCUUUGUAAUAUAUUCUAUUGGGUACAUCUGUCUUUUUCUUUCAUAAAAAAUUGGCGAAAUAUAUGUUCUCUUUCUUUCUCGC